AUGCCUGCGCUGCAGCCGGCACACGAGGGGCUGAUCGCGGCGCUGCUGCAGGGGCGCCUGGGCGUGCGCCGCGUGCUGCGACAGUGGUCGCGCGACUGGAAGCGGCGCGACGCGCGCGCGGUGUUCCUGGACGGCGGCGAGGGCCACGCUUCCGACGACGCCCUGGGCACGUCGUCCAAGCACCGGCGGCGCAACCCGGCGUGCCUGCCCGCGCGCCCACGCGACGCACCGCCCACCUCCAACGCGCUCGUGGCCGCCGUCCUGUUCGCUGUCGCGCUAUGCGUCAGGGGCUGGGGCAUCUCGUUUCCGCCCAGCGUCGUGUUUGACGAGGUCCACUUUCUGCGCUUUGUCAAGGCGUAUUACUAUGGUCGCUACUUUUUUGACAUCCACCCGCCGUUGGGCAAACUGGUGCUAUUGCUUGUGACCAAGCUGUUCUGCAACCCGCCGCGCCUCGACUAUAAGGUCAAUGGCGAGCAGUUUGGGGAGCAGAUAUACACCCCGCUGCGCUGGACUAGCGCGCUGUUUGGCUCGACCAUCGCCCCAGUGACGUACUUGAUCUGCCGGGAGCUCGGCCUAUCGUUUCCGGCUUCGCUCGUGCCGGGCGUCGCGUUUGCAUUUGAGCAUCUCACUGUCAUUGAGAGUCGGCUAGUACUCCUUGACGCCCAGCUCAUGUCGUUCAUGGCGCUAUGUCUGCUGUUUGCUCUCAAGCUGUGGGGAGCGAGGAAGGGCACGGCAAGGAGGCGCCGCUUUUUGGUGUUGACGGCGCUGAGCGGCGCGGCUGCUAUCGGCGUCAAAUGGACGGCGCUGGCGACGCCGGGACUCGUCGCACUCGUAUCGCUGGCUGGGCGUCCUUUCCCGAGGGAAGGAAGGCUGCAAUGGGGGGAGAUGGGCCUUGCGGGUAUGAUAGCGUCAAGCUUUUAUGUCUUGUUGUUUGCGGUUCAUUUUAUGUUGCUACCCCAUUCGGGGCAGGGCGAUGCGUUUAUGACGGAUGAGUUUAAGAUGAGUCUUGUGGGAACUAGGCAUCGAUGGGAAAGCAAGUGGUAUCAAUGGAUUAUGAAUCAGCGAGGAUUGUUGUAUUUUAACGAGUUGGAUGAUGAAGUCACUAACUUUCAAAAGAUUUAUCUCAUCGUGAACCCAGCUGUCUCCGUGAUGUCGCUUGUGGCAAUUCUGGGUUUCGUCUUCAUCUUGUUCUGUGUAUAUUUUCCAAGAAAAUGGUCUGGGCACCUUCAUCCGAGAAGUCGACUACCGGCAUUCGCGGUGAGAGGGUUGUUUCUUCUGAUGGGCUACGUCGUCAAUAUCCUACCCUAUGUUGAGGUCGCUCGUUGUACAUUUCUGUACCAUUACUUGCCGCCGUUAUUUUAUGCCCUGCUGAGCACAGCCAACCUCAUCGAUUUGAUACCUAAGGUGGGAGCGCAGAGGAUGGUGAGCGGAUUUUUCUUUGUCAUUCUUUUUGUGACGUUUUUGAUCUGGAGCCCAUGGAUUUACGCCUCGCCGUUGACUCCGGCAGCUCACAAAUGGAGGCGAUUGUUUGGGGAUAAUUGGGCUUGA